GGAGGUGCGGCUCUUUCGAAGACAGACAAAAACAUCUUUGGAAGUUUCUCUGCUGGAAAAAUAUCCUUGCUCCAAGUUCGUUAUUGCUAUAGGAAAUAAUGCAGUAGCAUUUUUGUCGUCGUUUGUUAUGAACUCGGGUGUCUGGGAAGAGGUCGGAUGUGCCAGACUCUGGAACGAAUGGUGUAGGACAACGGACGCCGUGCACCUUUCCCCGGCAGAUGCCUUUUGCGUGUUUUAUCAUCUGAAAUCGAAUCCCUCGGUCCUGCUCUGUCAGUGCAGCUGCUACGUGGCCGAAGACCAGCAGUAUCAGUGGCUGGAAAAGGUCUUUGGCUCUUGUCCAAGGAAGAACAUGCAAGUGACUGUCCUCACAUGUCGACAUGUCACUGACUAUAAAACCUCAGAGUCGACCAGCAGCCUCCAUUCUCCUUUCCUGAAAGCCCUGAAGACAGAGAAUUUCAAAGAGCCUCCAUGCUGUUCGCUGCUGGAACAGCCAAAUAUCGUCCACGAUCUCCCUGCAGCAGGUGGUGUUCUGAGUUACUGCCAAGUGUGGAAGAUCCCGGCGAUUCUGUACCUGUGCUACACCGAUGUCAUGAAGUUAGACCUCAUUACUGCUGGGGCUUUUAAGCCCGUCCUUUCUUCCAGAAGCUUGAAAGGUUUGGUGAAGAAUAUUCCCCAGAGCACAGAGAUACUGAAGAAGUUGAUGACCACAAAUGAGAUUCAGAGUAACAUUUACACGUGACUCCAGAGGUGGUUUUGUACAGAGUGUUGCUCCCCACCCGUCCUGUUGGGGGGCGGCGCGUCCUGUUUUGUUGGUUCCUUUUUUCCCAAGGGGUCUUUCCAGGGGGUUCAAACAGAAUAAACUUAUUUUAAAUUUAUUGUA